AUGACUGACAUUUUUAAAGGUGAGUUAUGGGCGUUUUCUCAAUUAUCUGCUUAGAUAUUUAGAAUAAAGUAUAAUGUACUAUUAUAAAAAAACAUGUAUACACAUAUAGUUAUUAUAUUACUUGGCGUUACAAAUAAUAAUAUCGUUAAAAUGUGUUAGACAUCAAACGUUUUUUUGGGCAGUUAAUGGUUUUGGAUUAAUCGCGUAUGACCGAAUGGGUGUGUCCUUUGAAACUGAGUUUGUAGGUAUUAGAAAAAAACGUAAAUAUAUUAAAAACCGUGUUAUGUAACAUCUGUUCAAGUAUUACCUUGGUAAUUAAUAUGUGAUCGGAUUUUCCAUUUUCUGACUGACAAAAUCUUAAUGGGAUUUAAAUUGUUUGGGUGGGUAAUUUUUUUUUCCUAUUAUGUAAUUAUUGAGUAAACAUUGGGUAAUCAAGCUAUAGUGUUGUAAGUAGUUUAUUUUACGCUGUGUCUAUACGCCCGACCAUGGUCGGUAUCAUAAUAUGACCGUAGUUGAUAUAAUAUACGUCUGACUAUGGUCGGUAAGACUAAUACAAUUAGAACCAUCAUUAUCUAGUACUAUGAAGCAAAAUUGUCCAGCAUUCAUAUAUUUGAGAGUAAUCAGUGAUUGCUCUGAAUUAGAAAUUUCAAGUAAAUUUCUUAAAAGCCAUAAUCAUCCUUUGUCUGAAAUACUAUUUUCUAAUUUACCUAAUUAGCGUUGAUUAGCUCCUCAAAUCAAAUAUGAAAUUAUUGAGAUGAUUGAUUUGAAUGCGAGUAAAAAGCUGAUUCAGGCAAAAGUCCACAAUUAAACUGGCAAAAUACUAACCUCAAAGGACAUCCAAUAUCGAUAGUACAGUUAGUUUACCUGUAGUUAGGUUGUUGUUUUACAUUUAUUAUUUAUUUAUUAUUUGAUAGAGACACAAAAGCAUAAAACAACAAUUUUGAGGAAAAAAUUGAAGAAGUAAAAAAUAUCUACAACUAUACAAUUGAAUCAUUAAUGGACAAUGAUAAGAAUUUAUUGAGAAUGUUUCUUCAAGAUUCUAGAAUAAUAAUAGAAUUUUAAUAUUUUCUUGAGGUAAAGGAAAUCUUACAAUUUUACAUGUGUUUUUUUUUAUAUCAUUAAUUUUUAUAUUUGUUAUAUUUAGAUGGUUUGUGCUGAUACAACUUAUAAGCUGAUCAAUAAAAAAAUCCCAUUAUAUGUGUCCUAUUAGUUAAAAACAGUAACGGCCAGAGAGAAAUAGCAAGUUUUUUUAUACUCUAAAUUAUUUUGGAAAUCCAUAUAGUAAUUAAAAUAGGACUUUUUUUUAAAAAAUUUUUGAUACUGGUCAGGUGUUCCUUAUCUUACCGACCCUAGUCGGGCAUAUAAACACAGCAUUUAUUUUGAAUAGGUACUUGUUUAAAUAAUCAGAAAUAUAGUGUUGUAGAUGCAUUUAGAUUGGAGCAUAACUUUAUUAAACUUUAUUACCUAUAUUAUGUAGUAAUAUAAAAACAAAGAUAAGCAUUAAAAAUAAAAUAUUUGUAUAUAAGUAUAAAAUUGUAUACCUAUAGUCAUAAACUCAUUUUCAAGUAUUGUUUAAAACAGCUAUACAAUAUACAUGUAUUGAGGGUUUUAUAAUGGAAUUAAUUAUUCAAUAUAUUUAUCAGCUUUAUAUUCUAAUGAAAUAUUUUAUUUAUAGAGGUUUCUUUGUAUUACUACUUACCAUAGGCAUAACAAUGUAAAUUAUAUUACACUAUUUAUCCGUAUAUUAAUUUAUACAUUUUAAAAUAUAUUUUACUGUAUAAAUUAACUUGUUCCAAUUAAAAUUUUAAAUGUUUGACAGUUGAUCAUUAAAAUAUUUGACAUAAAAGACAUAUUAUAUUAUAUCUUGUAUAAAUCUUUAUAAUUUAUGGGUUAUAUUUAUACUUAUUGUACUUAAUUUCAGAUUUGAGUGACAUCUGGGAAAGGCUGUUUAGCCACCGUCCAUUUUUGCAAGGGGAAAUAAAAUAUUUUUUAUCAGAAUUUGAUGUAAGAUUUAAUUUAUUGUCCGUUUAUUAGUAUGUAAUAAUAAUAUAUUAUAAUAAUACGUUUCAGAAGAAAGCAUAUAAAGUUGACGAAGAAAAUCUUAAAAAAAUAUCUGAACUUAUUGUUGACUUGAAAGAAAACAAAAUUGAAAGUUUUUUACAAUCAAGUGGAGAAAAUUUAACGUCACUAAAUUCUGCCAUUAAUAAAGCAUUGGAUUUAAGUCAAUCAAUUUUAGACCAGGAAAAUAACAUAAUUUCGGUAAAUUUUUACAACAAUGACAAUUAUAAUUUAAAAAUAGUGUUUUUAAUAUAUUUGAUUUGAAUAUUUACAGGAUGAGGAGUUGAAAAUUAAAGAAGAACUUCAUGAAAAACGUCAAAGAGAGUUAGAAACAUUUAAGUCUGAUUUGAAAAUUAGAUAUGAAAGUAUAGAUAAAGACAUUAAGGAUAAAGUGGAAACAAUUAAAAUAAAUUACGAAGAAGACAUUAAUAAAUUAAUUGCCGAUAAUCAAUAA